AUGGAAAAUAGAAAUUGGAACAACGUUAAAAAUGGUAUAAAAGAUAAAUAUGGUGAUUUGAAGAUUAAUGCACCGAAUCCAGUUAAUGUCAAUCCUCAAUUUAUGGGUGAUUAUCCACCACCCAAAAUAACAAUUUCAAAAAUUCCUGAAUUACCUUCAUCUAUGGAAGCAGCUAAUGGAUCAUCUACAAUUAAUCAUCCACCUAAAUCUCCUGGACUCUCACUUGGUCCUUAUUUGCAAUUUAUUUCGACUGAUUUAAAUAAAAUGUUAUGGAUGGGUAGUGCAUUAAUAUUUCGACAUGUUUCAUUCGAUCAACCCAACAUUGAAUUUAUAUGUGAUACAAAAGUCGAUUAUAAUUGGGAAAUCUUAUACGAAAAUAUCUUUGAUUUGUGUGCUUAUCGUGUUAAUAUUUUCAUUGAAUUACGUUCUGGUGAAGGUGAUGAUAAAAUCAUUUGGAAAAUCGAUUGGGGUGAUAAGAAGACUAAUGGUUCAUUUAUCAUUGCUCGUCUUAAUCAGAAAUGGCGUGGAGGUUUCUUCUCAUGUAAUGGAUUUGAUGCAUAUGUUCCAGAACAAGUAGCAUCAAAUUUUACUUAUUCUAAUGUUUGGAAUCAUCUUCUUUCAAUUCAUGAAGAAACUCCAUUACAUCUAUUAUUAUGGGGAGGUGAUCAAAAUUAUAUUGAUUUUAUGUUUGAUGAUAUUCCAUUCCUUCGUGCUUGGAUUAAUAUGAAAUGGAAUGAAAGAUGGACUAUUGAUUUUCGAGAUGAUUUAAAAAAACAAGUUGAACAAUAUCAUUUUAAUACUUAUGCAGAAAAUUGGGAUUGUCGUCCUGAAGUAAAAAAAGCUCUAACAUCAAUUCCAAAUUUAAUGAUGUGGGAUGAUCAUGAUAUUUUCGAUGGAGCAGGAUCUUAUCCUCCUUUACUUCACGAUAGUCCAAUUAUGAUGGGAUUAUUUCUGUCAGCACAAAAAAUGCGACUUCUUUUUCAACAUCAUACUACAUUGGAAAAAGCUCAAGAACAUCAAAUGUUUGGAUAUCAAGGAUAUAAUUUUUUUGCUCGUUGUGGUCGAUAUUUAGCGAUAAUUGGUGCUGAUGGACGAACUGAACGUGAUACAAAAACUAUUCAACAUGAAAAAACUUGGGAUAUGAUUUUUGAUAAACUUAUGAAUAAUUUGGACGAUGUUGAACAUUUAAUUGUUUUAUUUCCUGUUCCAUUUUCAUUCAUUCGUGUUCAUAUUGCUGAAUCAAUUUAUGAACGUUUAAAAAAUCUUCCGAAUAAAUGGCGAAAAUUUCCAGUUGUUAAACAAACUAAUUCAAUUUUUGGUUUACCUGAACUUUAUGAUGAUCUUCUCGAUGAAUGGACUCAUAUAGAUCAUAUUGAAGAACGAAAUCAUGCUCUUCUUCGUUUUCAAAAAAUUUCUCAACAGAAAAAAGUUCGAAUCACUUAUUUUAGUGGUGAUAUUCAUUGUUGUGGUAUUGGUCGAUUUCAAACUAGAGGAUCUUAUCGACCAUUACCAAUUAAUGAUGCUAGAUUAAUGUAUCAAAUUAUUUCAUCUGCUAUUGUUAAUAUACCUCCAUCGAAAACGGCUAUACGUGCUGUUCAUUAUUUUAAAACUAAAUGGAAUCCAAUCGAUGAUACUGAAGAAGAAUUAAUUGAUUUUUUUGAACGAAGACCCGAAAAUGGAAGAAAAGUAAUUUAUAAAAAAUUUCGUCCGAAUCGAAAUUGGUGUUAUUUCGAACACUGCUCAAAUAUAAUCUCAUCAAAUGUUACUGUUGUUCAAACAUCAUGUCUUCAUUGUUUUCCAUCUAAAGACAAUCUUGUUGUACCAACCACUUUAGGUCCAACCUCCAAUCAACAAGGUAAAGGUAGUCAACAACCUCCGAUUCAUUCUCAUUCUCAUCAAAAACUAUGCCAAGAACAAAUUCAAACAGAUCAACGACAAAUUGGAAGUAAUAAUUUAAGAAUUCGAUUUUGGUUAGAAAGUACGUAUAAACAUCGAGAUGGAAGACAAUUUGUUAGUUAUGAUUUACUCAUUCCUAAUCUUAAAUAG